AAGAAGUUAAUGUUUGUUAUAACAUACCAUUCACUUAUUAGAAAUUGCUACAAACAAAUUGAAGAAGCAAACAAACUGGGGCAAGACGAUGUCAUUAAAAACGUGAAGAAGACUAAGGACCACUAUAUAGCUUCCGCCUUCCAAAUAUUAACACCACAGAAACAAAGUGUAUUACUGGGUAUGUGUAAAGUCCUUGACUUGUGGUGUCGCGACAAACAAUCGAGAAAGGUCCGAGCUGCUGAGAUACUUGAAGGAAUUGUCAUGAAGGACAUUCCACUUGAAUUGGUUCAUGACAUAGCACAACUGAAAAUACCAAAAGGAGUGUUAACAGAGCAACGAUAUGACAAUGUAUGGCCACUCACUUUAUAUAACUCGGGACAAUUGAAUAUAUUUAAUAGUGUUAUUGGCAACAUUAUUCAAAAAAUGGAAGACAAUAAUUGGGAGGACUAUAUCAUGACUACUGAAAAGAAAAUCACAACGACAAGUACAAGUAUUAAAAUCGAUCGCACUGACCCUAUUUGGAGAGAACCGAUUUUCUCAAUCAUUUUAAACAGUGGAGUUGUUGCAGAAACCAUUUUAGUCGCAGUUCGAGGUAAAAUGAUUGAUAACCCUCUCAGCGAUUAUGAGGCAAUCGAUGUCGAAGGAAUGCAAAAAGCUUUCAUCCGAAAUUUGAACUGUUGCGAUAGAAGGAGAGUACUCAAAAACUGUGACGUCAGAAGUAAAGUAACAAGAAGUAUGUCACUUUACCCUGGAGCGUCAAAAAUGACACUGGCUGAAAUGCUUCAAAAUAUAGAUAAUGGGUUUGACGUAAGUUUAUUGUGA